AUGAAGAUCACUGCCGCCAUCUGUCUUGUUACAGGCUAUAUCAGCCUCGCUGCCGCUGCCGGUUGCCAGGUCGAGCUUCUCAACAUCAACCAAGCAGUCGUAGGCACUGGUUGCGUGCAGAUGAACUACUACGCCAACAUCUACGAUUCUACCAGACGAGCAGGCUACACCGUCAACGCUAACAGCAAUUGUGGCCUUAGCUUCGGCAACAUUCAAGUCAUUCCUGAGGGGAGAGGCGCUAGUAUUGAUGUUGAAGUUUCCUACGAAGAAGAAUGCAUACUACUGGGUUAUAAAGACAAAGAUGCUACUCAAGUACUGCAUCGUUGA